ACACAUCAACACGAGGAAGUUGGAGCGGUAAAAGUAAAACAGCCAAAGAGGAAGAAAGGCAGAAUAGAAAUCUUUAAGAUUUGGAGUCAAUCACUCAUAAAUGAGUGUGGGAUCUGAGACGUUGAAAUUUUUAUUUACAAUUUCCAACAACCCCACUCAAGUCUCCCUUCGUCUUCUUCACGUGACUUUCCUCCCCUGAUCCAUUCCCUCUCUUUGCAGUCUCUCAACUCUCACCACUCCCCAUCUCUCUCUAGCUUUCUCUUUCUUGCGCGUUUCAGAUGAUUACUACACUAAUUGCUCAAAUCCUUCCAUGUCUCCUCGGUCGAUCAUCUGCAUGGUUACUGUCAUCCUAUUACGAGUAUUGUCCAUCGAUCUUACCAUAGCUUACGCAUGUUACUCGCGGCUAGCAGGAGCUGAUACGGAUAGAUCUUCUUCUUCUUCUUCUUCUUCUUCCUUUUCCUGUCCUCCUUUCACUUCUCCUCCUUCGUUCCCUUUCGCUACCACUCCCGGUUGCGGCCAUCCUUCGUUUCAGAUCCACUGCUCCUCUCCUCACUCCUUCAUUUCCAUCAACAAUUUCUCUUUUGCUCUCCUUCGCCACGAACUCAACUCUACCUUUCUCCUCCUUUCCCCUCAACCCUCUCCCAUUCUCAAUGCGGCAACUCAAUCUUCCUGCCCUACUCCCGGUGCUGCUGCUGCUGGUUUCUUCAACUCCAUUAUCCCUAAUCGAUCUAUCGAUCUCUCCGGUUCCCCCUUUCGAUUUUCCGACGCUUCUUGUUCCCGGUUCUUUCUUCUGCGACCCUGCGAGUCCCUCUCUAGCCGUAGUUGUACCAAAUGUCCUUGGGAAUGCGAAGUACACAACAACCCAGUUCGGUUGCUAUCGGGCUGCGGCGCUAAGCGUCACCAUGUCUUGGAACCGGGUUGUCAGGAAGACGUAUUAGGUUACCUUCGUAGUUUACUAAAGUUAGGAAUCCAGGUCGAAUGGGACGAAAAUGACGACCCCUACUUCUCCAGCUGCCAGGCUUGCCAGGCCGUGAACGGUGUUUGCGGUUUCAAUUCUUCCGACCCUCGCAAGCCAUUCCUCUGCUUUCACUCCCAGACACAGUUCCCGGCUUCAUGGAUUCAUCGUGAAAGCCAGAAUCGGAUCGUUCUUUUCUCCACACUUGUCAUGGUUAUCUGCCUUUUGGUUGUGGUGGGGGUAGCGACGUUGGUCUUUCGGUUCAGAGCGCUGGAAUUGCAGAAAUCCGUGGUAGACCCUACGACUCUGUUCCUGCACCACCACAGAUCGGUGAAUCUCCUCCCACCCGUGUUCACCUACGGAGAGCUCGAAGCUUCGACGAACCGAUUCGACCCAAGGAACAAAAUAGGCGACGGUGGUUUCGGAUCGGUUUACAUCGGUCACCUCUCAAAUGGGCAGGUCGUCGCCGUGAAGAAGCUCCACAGACAACAAGCGAUGGCUGCAGCGGCAUCGGCAAAGGCAUUCUGCAACGAGAUCUUGAUACUGUCAUCGAUAGACCACCCGAACCUGGUGAAGCUCCACGGAUACUGUAGCGAUCCAAGAGGGUUAGUCCUCGUAUACGAUUACGUCCCGAAUGGUACCCUAGCCGAUCAUCUCCACGGGUCGAAGUGCUUGGAGAGGAAGAGGUCGUUAACAUGGGAAGUGAGAGUGGAGGCGGCGUUGCAGACAGCGAUGGCAUUGGAGUACCUUCAUUUCUCGGUGGCGCCGGCGAUCGUUCAUAGAGACAUAACAUCAUCGAACAUAUUUGUAGAGAAGGAUAUGAGGAUCAAAGUGGGUGAUUUUGGGUUGUCGAGGCUGCUGGUGUUCACUGACUCAUCGUCGUCGAAGUCCGUUUGGACGGGGCCACAGGGAACACCGGGAUAUGUGGAUCCAGAGUACCAUAGGUCGUUCAGGUUGACGGAAAAGAGUGACGUGUACAGCUUCGGGGUGGUACUGUUCGAGUUGAUAUCAGGAAUGAAGGCAGUGGACUUGAGUAGGGACAAGUGGGAGGUGUCCUUAGCGGACAUGGUCGUGUUAAAGAUCCAGGUGGGAUCGCUGCAUCAGGUGGUGGACCCCUUUCUGCUCCUGGAAGGGGAUGAUGCUAUCCCUGUAGGUUCCAUCGAUGCCAUGGCGGAGCUCGCCUUCCGGUGCGUCGCCGCCGAUAAGGACGACCGGCCGGAUGCCAGAGAGCUAGUGGCCGAGUUGAAGCAGAUUCGUAACCGUACACGUGGUGGACACUGAUCAUUGAUGUGCUUGUCUUCUUUUUUGUUAAAAAAAAUUACUGGUUUUCCGGUGAAAUGAUAAUUCCCAAUAAUAAUCAAUCACUCUCUGUGUUAA